UUCAUCUGCUUUAAAAACUCGCGAUAUAGAAAAAGUAAUCUUUGGUGGUGAUCUUUUGGUUUCCGAAGAUGGAGACCACUGUACUGCAGGUUUCUGGGCGCGUCAAGAUGAUAGUAAUUUCUUAGUAACUGCAGGGCAUUGCGCAAAAGAUAACACUCAUACUCCUGAUGGAAAUGUUAGAUUUUAUCAUGACACAAUUCCUCGCUAUUUUGUUGGAGAAAUGACAUAUUAUGAAUACCAAGAAGUUGAUUAUGGCUUUAUUUUGGUUGAUAAUCCUGAAAUCUUAGUCAUUCCAAAUAUAAAAAAUGUUAAUGGUGCUUAUAGAGAAUUAUUUAUUAUUGGUACUGUAGAUACAGUUACCGUAGGUUCUCAAAUAUGUAUUGCUGGUGCAUUCUCUCAUGUAUCUUGUGGCAACGUAACAGGAAUAAAUGUGUCCGCAGAAUUGAGAGAUGGAGGAAAGCUUGAAGGCGCUAUUAAUUCAACUGCCAUUGUUCAAAGUGGUGAUAGUGGUGGUCCUGCAUUCCAGUUUAAAGAUAGAUUCCCUCAAUUCGUUUAUUUGGCUGGUAUAGCUAUAGCUGGUGGCGAGAAUUUUAGUUACAUUGAACCACUAAACAAGAUUUUAGAUGAUAAUAUGAUUCCUGUUAGCUACAACCCUAUUUUAUUUGAUUUUGAUACACCUCCGUAG